GAAACAUCUGCCACUUGCCAAACCAACUAGCUGAAGACCCCGGAGACAGUCAAGAAUAUCUUGGGUCUAGUGACUACAACGACUUUGUUUCAAACUUGGCUUGUUUUCUGCCGAAAGCAACCGGAAGUACCGUUGCGACGAGAAACCACUUUUGCUUUUGGUAUCGUUCGACGGCUUUCGAUGGGAUUACCUGGAACGCGUUCAUAACACCCCCAACUUGCGAUGGCUAAUCAAGAACGGCGUGUUCUCUCCGACCGGCCUGAAGAACAGCUACAUCACGAUCACAGCGCCCAACCACUAUGGCAUUGUGACCGGCCUGCACGAAGAGUCGCACGGCAUCAUCGCCAACAACUUCUAUGACCCGUUGCUCAACAAAACGUUCGAUUACUUCAACGAUGGCAACGUGACUGAUCCCGCAUUCUUCGAAGCUGAGCCAAUCUGGGUGACGAACCUGAAGAGUCCUGAACCUUACAGAGGCAGUGGCUGCUCGAUGUGGGUCGGCUGCGAGCUGCCGCUAAAAGAUUUUACGUUGAGGUCAUUAUCCGACGAUCGAGUGAAUACCCUCAUCUCUUGGUUCAAACAUCCUCGGAAGCCAAUCAACCUUGGCCUUUUAUACAUUGAGGAGCCGGACAAAACUGGACACAGUUACGGGCCUGACGACCAAGCGCUGUACCGGAUGGUCGAAAGGCUGGACCACCUCGUUGGUACGAUGUUGUUGUCAACAGUAAUGACUGCUUUUGAUGUCAUAGAUGUUUUUGUUGUUUCGUUGGGGGAGGGUGGAGAGAGGAGGUACUUUGUUUACUGCCUACUGGAUAUAUUAUGUUAA